CGGCGGAGCUUCGUGAUGGAGAGCAGACAGACAGAGCUUUACUCAGACGUUCUGAGUGGAGCGGUGGUGGACUGGGGCACUUCUGGAGAGGAAUGGGUUAACUCGGCCUCACCGGAGGGUAUGAAUCAGGGAAUGUUUUACUCGUCGGCUGAGGAGUCGGUUAGGAGGAGUUCUUAUGGGGAACACUUGGCUCCACUGGUCCAAGAUGGUGAAAACAUGACACAGUGGGGUAAAACCUCACCCCUGGGGCAGGACCGGUGGGGUAGUUCUUCCUCAGUGUCCCACUCUGAUAACUGGGUCAUGUCCACCACAUGGGACAUGCAGUUGGACUGUACAGAGAGAGGACACCUCACUGCAGGUUUUCUGGACUCGGAGCCUCUGCGGGAGGCUGAUGAAGAUCUGGUGUCGGAAGUCAACCUCAGCAACUCCAUCAUGACAGACGAGGAGCGAGAGGAGAUCCAGCAGGAACUGACUAAACUGGAGGAGGAGAUCAAUACGCUGAAGCAGGUUCUGUCGUCCAAAGAGAAGCAACACGCCGAGCUCAAACAGAAACUGGGCAUCGGGCCGCUCAGCGAGCUCAGGAACAACUUCAGCAGAGGCUGGCACGACAUGCAGAGCUCCACAGCCUACAAGAAGACAUCGGAGACACUCUCCACAGCCGGACAGAGAACUUCAGCAGCCUUCAGCAACUUCGGCAGCACCAUCAGCAGGAAGUUCGGAGACAUGAGGUCCAACUCCAUCGGCUACUCUAUCAGACACUCUAUGAGCAUGCCCACCAUGAGAAACUCUCCCAGCUUCAGGUCUUUUGAGGAGAAAGUCGAGACCACAGUUUCUACUAUUAAGACCAAAGUUGGAGGAACAGGAAGUGGAGGCAGCUUCGAGGACGUCCUGUCGUCCGCAGCCAAUGCCACCUCUCAGGACACGCCCACCAACAACCUGACGGACGGCUCAGAGCGGCCGUGUUAGAGGAACUCUGAGACUGAAACCAUCCAAAAUCAAAACUAAAAUAAUCCUGAAUAAAACUGAAAUCUGUGUCUGA